AUGAACCCGUCGGACGUCGCCGCCCCUCGGCAGCAAGGCGCCGCCGCCGCCGCCGUCGCCGCCGCCGCCCAGGGCCAAGUGGCCCCACCUCCGGCUCGGCCGCCUUCAGUGCAGCAGCAGCAGCAGCAGCAGCAGCAGCAGCAGCAGCAGCAGCAGCAGCAGCAGCAGGGCUCCCCCGCCCCACCGGGGCCCCUGCAGCCUGGGGCUCCACCCAGCAAAGGCCUGCGCGUCGACGUCGUCUGCGGCGCUGUAUGGGGCACGUACAUCGUCGCGGGGCAGCGCGUUGAGUGCCGCUGCGGCACCUGCCUGCGCCGCAACCCCGCCGGCGUGCAGGCGGGGAAGGGAGUCCUCAUGAGGGCCCCGGACUUCGCGGUUCAUGGGGGGUCUGCCGAGGGAGCCGACUGGCGCAGCAGCAUACGGGUGAAAGAGAACGGCCAGGCCCUGGGAGAGUGGCUGCUCUCCCAUGGCAUCUCCCCCGCCGCCGCGGCGCGGUCCGGCUCGCUGCCGCUCGACUCCACCGCCGCCGCCGCCAUCGCCGCCGCCGCCGCCGCCAACGCCCCGACCACCGCGGAAGCCGCGGCCGUCGCAGGCAGCGCCCCCGCCGCCCCGGCCGCAGCGAACGGGCCGCAAGGUGGGGCCGCUGCGCCCGCGGCGCCAGAGGUGGAGGACGAUGACCCUUUCUUCCGCUCCCCCAGCCCCGUCCUGGGCGCCCCAGACUCUUACGCCGCCCAGCUCGCCGCCGCCGCGGCCGCCACGGCGGCCGGCGGGCAGCCGGCGGGGGCGGGGGCGGCGGCGGCCGCGGGUGUCAAGACGGCGCCUGUCGGCGCCGACGCUUGGAAGGACGGCCGUGAGUCGCCGGGGGCGUCACUAGUGGGCCACCGCGUCCGCGUGUGGUGGCCGCGGGACCGCUGCUGGUACGCGGGGAUCGUCACGGCCUUUGUGCCGCCUCACAAGCAUACCAUAAGCUAUGAUGACGGAGAUGUGGAGACCCUGCACCUUUCAAAGCAGCGCUGGCAGCCGCUGCUCCCCUUGGACAGCGCCGCCGCCGCCAGGAGCGCCACGGGCGGCGGCAGGGCCAGGGGCGCGGCGGGCGCGGCGGGCGCGGACAACGGAGGGAGCGGCGGCAAGGCCGCCGGGGCCGGUGGGGACGGCGGCAACGGCGGUGGGGCCGGGAAGGCGGGCGGCGGCAGCGGCGGAGGCGGCACCUUCAGUGGGGCAAGGAAAGGCACCGGGGGCAGCGGCGCACUGCUCAAAAGGGCAGGUUCCGGCUCUUCCCCGAAGGCCGGCGCCAAGCCAGCCGCCGGGGCCGGCCGGCGGCGUAGCGCGGGCGGCGCGGACGCGGCGGGAGCCGGUGGCGGUUUUGGGGGCACUGCGGCCGCCCCCGCGGGGGUGCAUCGGGGCGGACCUAUUGAUGUGGGGCUGGCGUCAGGAGCAGCCUGGGGCGGGUCUUUCAACAGCCAGGUUCCGGGCCCGUACGAUUCCGCCUUGCUCAACGAUGCCGGCAUGUUCCUGAGCGCCGCCAGGAUGCAGCAGCCGUGGCAGCAGCAACUGCAGCAGGCGCAGCCGGGCGUCGGCGUGGCCGGUGCCACUGCCUCGCAGCAGCAGCAACUGCAGCUCCAGUUGCAAUACCAGCAGCAGCAGCCGCCGCAACAGCAACAGCAACAGCAGCAGCAGCAGCAGCAGCAGCAGCAGCAGCAGCAGCAGCAGCAGCAGCGGCAGCAGCAGGCGUUGCGGCAGGAGCAGCAGCUGCGCCAGCUGCAGGAGAGCCAGUGGCUGCAGCAGCAUGAGGAGGCGCGGCAGUUGCGCCAGCAGCAGCAACAGCAGCAGCAGGCGCUUGCGCAGCAGCUGGCGUGGCAUGGGCAGGGCCAGGGGCAGGGUCAGCAGGGCAAUCACCACUUAGUGAACCAGCUGUUGCAGCGGCAGCAACAUGUGGGUCAAAAUCCCAACAUGUACGACGACCUCUUGGCGCAGCAGCUGGCUGCCCAGCACCACCUGCUGCGCGCCGGCUCGGGCGCCGCCGGCAGCGGCGGCGCCGGCCUGCUCGCGUCGCUGCAGCUGCCGCAGCCGCACUCGCAGGCGCCGCUGUCCGCGCCCCUCGGCGGCGGGGCGCUGCAGCAGCUCGAGAUGAUGAGGCAGGGGAGUGGCGCCGGGGAGCUCAUGGGGGCCAGUGGGGUUGGCAGUGGUGGUGGCAGCGGGGAUGUGGUGCAGCAUCUGCUGAGCCUGCAGCAGCAAGAGGCGCGCGCUCGGCAGCAGCAGCAGCAGCAACAGCAGCAGCAGGAGCAGCAGCAGCAGCAGCAGCAGCAGCAGCAGCAGCCACCGCCUACCGUCCCCGUGGUGUGCGGGGCCCUGCACGGCAGCCUGGUGGUGCGCACCCGCAAGGUUGCCUGCCACUGCCCCAGCUGCGCCGCGCAGCACAGCGCAACGCUGCAGCCGCAGUGGUUUGACCCACCAGAGUUUGAGCGCCACGCUGCAGGCCCGCUGGCAGGCGGCCGCUGGCACGAGUCCAUCCAGGUAUUGGGUGACGCACAGCAGGGCGGCCGCGGCGUCGCCCUCGGAGACUGGUUGGCGGCCUACGGUCUGACUAGGCAGCUAUCUCAAGAGGCGCCCCUGCCCUUUGCUCAGGCCAGCCCGCUCGACCGGCCAGGCUCCCUAGGCAUGUUCACCCAGCACGACGCCGGCGGCGCCGGCGCUGCGUUGUCGCGCGGGCUGUCCGGAAGCUGGGGAGUCGCCACAGGCGGCAACGGAGGCGGCGCGGCGGCGGGGCUGCCGCCGCUGCGGCCGCAGCCCUCUCCUCUUUCAAGCAUGCUGGAGCGCACGGCCAGCGGCCUGGGGAGCGGCAGCGGCACGGCCGCGCAGCAGCUGCAGCUGCUACAUCUGCAGCGGCAGGGCAGCCAGCAGCUAAUGCACCCAGACGCGCUGGGCUCGCCCACGCCAGUCGCCCCACCUGGGGCGUCGGCAGCUGCGGCUGCAGGCGCAGGCGGCGCCCCGCCGGCGCCAAACAGCCGCAAGCGGCCGCCUGGGCACCCGCACUCCCCUUCCUUCGAGGGGCCGGGGGCGGACGCGCGGAGGCUGCCGCCGGCGUCGCAGCAGAUGCAGCAGCGGCAGCAGCAGAUUCAGCAGCAAGCGGCUGGGCAAGUCCCCACUCCAGUGGCCAUUACUGGGGAUGGCUACCAGGUAGGAUUCAGCAGCUCGGGAUUAGGAUUAUAA